AUGUUUACGAGUAGUGACAAGUAUAAUGAUUUACCUUCCGAUGAGGAGGAGAUAACAUUAAUAAAGCACGUGAAAACAAACACUUUAAACUUGAAUGUUAAGGUUUUGGGCGUUGUCGUGAAGACGAUAUCCUCCCUGGUCAAGCAAGUUGGAAUUUCGCUAAUUAACUUCUCGGAAAAUGCCAUUAAAGUCUCUGAAAUUUCCGAUAACGAAUAUUUUACUAAUUUGGAAUCUUUAAUUUUACAAAUUAAUCCUUCCAACUGCGUUCUCGCAAUUCCCAAAGAUUCACUCGAUUAUAAACGAAUCAACCACGUCAUCGCCGUAUGUAACCUCAAAACCACCUUCAAAUUCAUCAACAACAAAGAAAUCGAUCUUCUCGACGAUUUUAAGGUGACGAACUCGUUGGAGUAUUUGUUGAUGGACGACGAUUCGGUGAAGAACCACAUGAAGGAGAUAAGCUUAAAACUUGCGAUGAAGGCGUUUUGCCUAACUGCUGAUUUCAUUAACUACAAGGACCGGAAUUACAAGUCACACUUCACUCUCUCUAUUUAUACCAUGGAUAAUUACCUCUGCCUCGAUCGCGCCGCUUUCAACGCUCUUUCCAUACUACCACACAAUAAUCAACAGUGUGUGAAGAUGAGUUUGUAUGAUUUGUUGAAUAAGUGUAGAACGAGUAUUGGUUCUCAGUUGCUGAAGAUGUGGAUAACGCAGCCGUUGGUGAGUGUGGUGGAUAUAAAAAAGCGGCAGGACUGUGUGGAGGCGUUCAAGUCAAUGUACAGAACUAUCCAGUCUGAAUGUCUCCGUAAGGUGCAGAAUUUAGAUCAGAUUCUGACGAAAUUUAAAAAUUUCGACAUGGGAGUUGAGACUAAAUGUACUAAGCAGCCGAGUUUCGAGGACCUCGUAGUUCUCUACGAUUGUAUCAUAUCGGCCAAUAGGCUAAAUCAGUUCACCUUUAAAAGAUAUGACGGCGUACACUCUCACACGAUCCGUGAGUUGUUUGCAGAACCUCUGAGUAAGAUUUCGAGUAAAUUUGAGAGUUACCUAAGACUAGUGGAGAAGACAGUUGAUUUAAAAGAGGCUGAAAAUAGAGUCUACGUGUUUAACCGUAACUUCGACGAGAGUUUGAAGAAAAUCUCUUCAAAGCUUGAUCAGAUACGGUAUGACAUAGAGAUGCAACGCCAGGCUAUACAAAAUGAGUUACCAUACUCAUCUGGUAAAAAGGGGAACCAGGUUAAAAUUGUGGAGUGUAACACCUUGGGGUUUUUGUUUAGGGUAGCCAAGAAAGACCACCCAUCUCUAAUGAAAGCGCAGAUCCCCGGCGUCAGUAUAGAAAAAGUCAGACUUAACAAGAACGAGUUUCUCUUUACAACUGCUAAACUAAGGAGACAAUGUACUUUAUACAAGAACACACUUGAGUUAUACGAAGAGUCCCAGGAUCUCAUGGUUAAAAGGACCUUUAAAGUCGCAUGCACUUACUGGACACUCCUGGAGCGGUUUAUUAAGAUUAUCGCCACUCUUGACGUUUUAACUGCGUUUGCCGAAGUCGCCACGCUUUUUAACUAUGUUAGGCCCACAAUCGAUGAGACGGGGAAAACUGUUAACCUCACCGAAGCCAGACACCCACUCGUCGAAUACGUACUCUCCUCAAACUCAUUCAUUCCCAAUGAUUUAUACAUGGAACGGGAUCGCUCCAGAGUACAAAUCAUCACUGGACCAAACAUGGGAGGGAAAUCAACAUACAUCAAACAAAUCGGCCUGAUAGCGAUAUUGAAUCAGAUAGGCUCAUUUGUGCCGUGUAAGAAGGCGAAAUUGCCGAUUUUUAAGCAUAUCCUAUGCAGAAUCGGGGCCUCAGAUAUACAACAACGAGGAGUUUCCACGUUUUUGGCUGAAAUGGUUGAGUCAGCCGCCAUACUACGAAUCGCCAAUGAACACUCUCUAGUCAUCAUCGAUGAACUCGGACGAGGCACAUCCACUCACGAUGGGUUUGGAUUAUCAUGGGCGAUAGUGGUGGAUUUGAUAGAGCGUGCGAAAUGUUUUUGUCUAUGUGCUACACACUUUCACGAAAUGGGCUCUCUCGCUUUAGAGCAUUUUGGAGUGGUGAAUAAGCAUUUAACGGCGCAGUUUUAUGAUUCCAUCAACAGCAUGACAUUUCUCUACAAGGUAAAGGACGGAGUAUGCAAAAAAUCAUUCGGAAUCAACGUCGCCAUCAUCGCCAAGUUCCCCCAAGACGUGAUAGAGAGUGCGCAGAAUAAGUUGAAGGAGUUGGAGCGUAAAUAUAGUCCGAGGCGUACGGAUUUAAUUAAAGAUUUAUUAAGAUCACCCACAUUCACAGAAUUCAAAAAUAGCCUUCAAACACUCGCUCUCGAAGCUUAA